UCUCUGCUCUCUUUCUCUCUCGCUGCUCCCUUCCUCCUGUAACUGAACAGUGAAAAUUCACGUUGUGGAUCCGCUAACAGGCACAGAUGUCAUGUGAAAACGCACAUGCUCUGCCAUCCACACCGCCUUUCUUUCUUUUCUUUCUGUUUCCUUUUCCCCCCUUGCUCCUUCUCCCUCUUCUUUGUAACUAACAAAACCACCACCAACUCCUCCUCCCGCUGCUGCCCUUCCUCCUCCUCCUCCUCAGUCCAAGUGAUCACAAAAGAAAUCUUCUGAGCCGGAGGCGGUGGCAUUUUUAAAAAGCAAGCACAUUGGAGAGAAAGAAAAAAGAAAAACAAAAGCAAAACAAAACCCAGGCACCAGCCAGCCAGAACAUUUUUUUCACCCUUCCUGAAAACAAACAAACAAACAACCAUCAAAACAGUCACUACCAACAGCACCAAACUGUUAACAUAGCGGCGGCAGCGGCAAACGUCACCCUGCGGCCACGGCGUCUGCCUAAAGGGAUGGUUUUCUCCGCAGAGCAGCUCUUCACCGACCACCUUCUUCACUCGUGCUGAGCGGGAUUUUUGGGCUCUCCGGGAUUCGGGCUGGGAGCAGCUUCAUGACUACGCGGAGCCGGAGAGCAGCCACACCAUGCGAGCACAAAUUGAAGUGAUACCAUGCAAAAUUUGUGGCGAUAAGUCCUCCGGGAUCCACUACGGAGUCAUCACGUGCGAAGGCUGCAAGGGAUUCUUUAGGAGGAGCCAGCAGAACAAUGCCUCUUAUUCCUGCCCAAGGCAGAGAAACUGUUUAAUUGACAGAACCAACAGAAACCGUUGCCAACACUGCCGACUGCAAAAGUGUCUUGCCCUAGGAAUGUCGAGAGAUGCGGUGAAGUUUGGGAGGAUGUCCAAGAAGCAAAGGGACAGCCUGUAUGCUGAGGUGCAGAAGCACCAGCAGCGGCUGCAAGAGCAGCGGCAGCAGCAGAGUGGGGAGGCGGAGGCCCUUGCCAGGGUGUACAGCAGCAGCAUCAGCAACGGCCUGAGCAGCCUGAACAGCGAGACCAGCGGCACUUAUGCCAACGGGCACGUCAUUGACCUGCCCAAGUCCGAGGGCUACUACAACGUCGACUCCGGUCAACCAUCCCCUGAUCAGUCAGGACUUGACAUGACUGGCAUCAAACAGAUAAAGCAAGAACCUAUCUAUGACCUCACGUCCGUACCCAACUUGUUUACCUAUAGCUCCUUCAACAAUGGGCAGUUAGCCCCAGGGAUAACAAUGACAGAAAUUGAUCGAAUUGCACAGAACAUCAUUAAGUCCCAUUUGGAGACAUGUCAGUACACCAUGGAAGAGCUGCACCAGCUGGCAUGGCAGACCCACACAUACGAAGAAAUUAAGGCGUAUCAAAGCAAGUCCAGGGAAGCGCUGUGGCAGCAGUGUGCCAUCCAGAUCACUCAUGCCAUCCAGUACGUGGUGGAGUUUGCAAAGCGGAUAACAGGCUUCAUGGAGCUCUGUCAAAAUGAUCAGAUUCUACUUCUGAAGUCAGGUUGCUUAGAAGUGGUUUUAGUGAGAAUGUGUCGUGCCUUCAACCCAUUAAACAACACUGUUCUGUUUGAAGGAAAAUAUGGAGGAAUGCAAAUGUUCAAAUCCUUAGGUUCUGAUGACCUAGUGAAUGAAGCAUUUGACUUUGCUAAGAAUUUGUGUUCCUUACAACUGACAGAGGAAGAGAUUGCUUUGUUCUCAUCUGCUGUUCUAAUAUCUCCAGACCGAGCCUGGCUCAUAGAACCAAGGAAAGUCCAGAAGCUUCAGGAAAAAAUUUAUUUUGCACUUCAACAUGUGAUUCAGAAGAAUCACCUGGAUGAUGAGACCUUGGCAAAGUUAAUAGCCAAGAUACCCACCAUCACAGCAGUUUGCAACUUGCACGGGGAGAAACUGCAGGUAUUUAAGCAAUCUCAUCCAGACAUAGUGAAUACACUGUUUCCUCCGUUAUACAAGGAGCUCUUUAAUCCUGACUGUGCCACGGUCUGCAAAUGAAGGGGACGAGAGAACUGUCUCGUCGUCAUGGAAUGCAUCACCGUUAAGACAAAAGCAAUGUGUUCAUGAAGACUUAAGGAAAUUGUCACUACUGCAACAUUAGGAAUGUUCUGCACUUAAUAGAAUUAUUUUUCACCGCUACAGUUUGAAGAAUGUAAAUAUGCACCUGAGUGGGGCUCUUUUAUUUGUUUGUUUUUGAAAUGAUCAUAAAUAUACAAAUAUAGGACACUGGGUGUUAUCCUUUUUUUUUUUUUAAUUUUUUCGGGUAUGUUUGGGGAGACAACUGUUUAUAGAAUUUUAUUGUAGAUAUGUACGAGAACAGAGCGGUACUUUACAUGAUUACUUUUCCUGUCGAUUGUUCAAAUAUAAUUUAAGAAAAUUCCACUUACUAGGCUUACCUAUUUCUAUGUUUUUAGAUAGUUGAUGCAUGUGUAAAUUUGUAGCUGUCUUGGAAAGUACUGUGCAUGUAUGUAAUAAGUAUAUAAUAUGUGAGAUAUUAUAUAUGACUAUUACUGAUACAUGCACAUGCACUGUGGCUUAAAUACCAUGCCUACUAGCAGUGGAGGUUCAGUCAAGCUCUCUCAUAUUAUUUACUUUCUAUGUUAUAUGUUACCUUUAUGUUAGACAAUCAGGAUUUAUUUUCCCAGCCAGAGUUUUCAUCCGUAGUCAAAAGCAGGAUGGUACCAAUUCAGAAAUAAGUCUACCGAGGAAUAACUAUAAUGCCCGGCCUCUGUGUAAACUCUGUCAGUGACAUCAAAGCCUUGUCAAGACGGUACGUAAGGGGGAGGUGGGAAGUAUUUGGAGCCAUUUUCCUGUCUCAAAAAUUAGGCCACAGAUAAUAUUGUAAGGUCCAGGACUUUUUUGACCAAACAAUAGGUAUUUCCUAUUUUUCAUCAUAAUAUGUAAAACGUUUUUCCCCCCUUUGGAUUUCCAACUGUGAAAAAACUUGAUCUUGGUGCUUCUUGUGUCUUCAGCUGAAAAAUACAGUCUGUGGAUGAUGACCACCAGCAAUUUUUUCUAGAAAAAUUAAACUAAAAGAGCACAUCAGAACCCAGGGUCCCAAUGCCAUUUCAUGUAAACAUUUUUUCUCUAAUCAUUUUUUGGCAAAAAAAAAAAAAAAGAAAGAGAGAGAGAGAGAUAGAAAGAGAAGACACAAAGUAAAUAGUCAUUCUUUAUAUUUCUUCUCUUUAAUAUAUUUGUUACGGAAAGUAAUCAUAAAGGGAAGGCAGCACUUUUUAUGUCCUUCUUGUCUGGGGCCUCUAAGUUUUUUUCUAAUUUUUUGUUAACUCCAAAGUGCUAUAUGAUAAAAUGAUAGUAAAAACCUGAUGUAUUAGGAAAAAAUCUGUAUUAUUCUAUGGAAUUAAUAUUCCCCCAAACCAAAAGUGAUCCCUAAGCAGAUUACAAUCACAUCCUCCAGUUACCUAGGAGAGCUUUUAGCAACUUUUAGAAGCACAUCAUAACAAGGAUGACAUCAGGAUCAGAGAUAAUAGCCUUCUUUGUACAAGUUCUCACUUCUUCACCUGCUCCUUGAUAAAAUUAGUCAUCAAAAAAGCAUCAAUUCCAAGGCCACUAUUCUGCCAGCAUUCUGGAGGCCUACACCUUUGGUAUUAUCUGAUCCAAAAUAAGACGUUUUUUAUAAAGAAGGAAGCUAGGGGAGAAGUUUGUGUACAGGGCAAUGAGAAUUAUGAUCUCUUGUACGUGUAGCCCAGCCACACACCUGCCCUUCUGUCUUUGUCAAACACACGCACAGACACACAUACCCCUGCUUUGUUUACAUCAGUGGCCACUUUGAUUUUUUUUUUCUGUCUCUUAUGCUCUCCGGAAGUUCCUGGUUGUGAGCCAUCUCCAAGAGGCCUCAGAACUCUUGCAUGAUGAUCAAAACAGUAAUGUUAGUCUUUUCCUUUCAGAAAAUGGAUGUUUUUCUCACCUCAUGAUUGAUAAAUUCCAAACCAAUGGGGAAAAACAAAAAGCCUUUAAAAUAAUGAAUCUCUUUCUCAACUACUGUUAUAUUCAAUUAAUUUAACUACAUUGAACCAAAUUACCUUUGGUUCUAAGAAGACAGCUGUAGACUGCUUAUUAUGCUGCCACAGGGACUCAAUUCUUUUUGGUGUAAAUGUCACUCCUGCUAGCUCUUUGUAUAAAGAAUUAAUUCCAAGAGUCAUAUUUCCUUCUAAUGGAAAGAUUACUUUACUGAUUGCUAGGAAAACAGGGUAAUGGAAGGCACUCAAUUAAACCAAGCCGUUUCCAAAUGCAAUGUAUGUUUUAUGAUUGGCUUGUGAUAGGCGAGGCUUAAUGUGUCUACUUGGUGUUUCCCUUUGAGCUUUGAACUUAUGUCAAACUUUGUUUUCAUUGUUUUGUUGGCCAAGUGUUUUCCAUUGUCAGCCUGUAAUUUCUGCUCAGUUGCGAAGGGAAUCAUUUGCUUCCUCCAAUUUACCUUAGAGGAUUUAAAUUGGCUCAAUUGAUGAAGUGGCUGAGAAUUUUUUCCUCCUCUGUCCCAUGGGUGAUGUAGGAAAAAGAUUGUUCCCCACAUUUGCCUGGGGAGGUACUGGUUUUGAAUGUGUCGUUUCCACUAGUGCAAGCACUUUACUGGGACGACAUGGACCUUUUGAAGCUAGGGGACAGAAAACAGAACUGGUGACUGAACCAUAACGAAACAGUGGAAACCAGUACAGGCUCAGCCCAUUUCAGUUGUGAGAAGAGAUUUCUAGUUUGAACCACAGUUGCCCCAUCUCCCCUUAAAAGAGAAUCAAAUCAUGUUUUCAGUGGUAACAAAAGCCCUAAAAAGCUGCCCUUUGAACAUCGCCCAAUACUACAUGUCAAAGUAUUUUAAAAUUUUGGCAAAAAUAACUUUCUUUACAUGCCACCCCAGCACUUUGUCCCUUCCCCAUGAGGACUAACAAAUGUUCACAACACACUCAUGAUAAAAUGUGCACUGGAAGAAACAAGUCAUGAUCUAUACUUCACACUUCGUAACGACAAUCACUGCUUGACGCAGAUGUUGCACUGUAUCCACUCAGGGAUAUUUUCAUUUGAGAAAAAAAUGGUACAUCAAGAAGGAGGGAAAAAUGUUUAAAAAACAGGAAAAUGACAACAAAAUAUAAAUGGGAUAAAUGAAGUAUGCCAAUGAGGGACCUCUCUGACAAGGCUUUCAGACCAACAAGCAGUAACUUCACGCUGUAAACUGAAUUUGCUUUUAUUAUGUGGACUUGCUGAACAGUUGCACAUGGGUAAAGACAAUGUAGCCUCAUUUUCUAAUGUCUGCUAAGAGCCAAAUAAUCCAGCUGCCCCAUUCAUAGGGAUAUUUAUCUCUCAGCAAAUCCAAGCUUUCUUUUAUAGAAAUUUUUCUGUACAAUCCAGAGCAAGGAAAUACAGAACUCUAACUGCCAUUAGACGAAAUUGACAGAGGGUGUGAAGCUGUGUGAAUUCAAACUCCUACAUAUUUGUGAUCUAUGAAGGAAAGGGAAAUUUUGGAGGGGAAAUAGAAGAAUAACAGACUCCAAAUCUGGUUUGCCACCCCACGUAUACCCCUUAUGUCCAUGUCAUCUCUACGUCCCUUUUUCUGUCGCCCUUUUAUCUCCAAAGACCAAAAGUUGAAGGUGGAGAAGUAUUCUACAAACAUGCCCCUUUUUGACACCUUCUUCGGGGCCGUGGACUAAAGGACCUCUGAGUAGGUAAAAACAGAGAAUAAAAUUGUCUCUUAAGUGAUGAUAUUUCUUUGACAAAAUCAAAGAGACCCUAAAUCAUAAUGAACUUUGCAGAGUAACAAGACGAGCCAGGGAGGCCACAGUGCACUUCCUGUUACUGCUGCCUUGUUCAACAUGUAACUUCACAGCAGUCAAGCUGUUUGUAGGAAACCACACAGACCCAUCCACUCUCACUCCCUAUCUCCAAUGCUACAUGUAUCCGGCUUGAAUGCAAAAACAGUUCUUAUGUCCCAAGACAAUCUAAAACUUAACAGCUUUAAAAAAAACAAAAACAAAAAAACAUCAGUGAGAUGCUAAUAAUGUCAGUGUUGUUCUAUGGCCUUUCUUUCUGUUUAAUACAGAAGCAAAGAAAACUUCUAUUAGACAUUAGAAGAAAUAAUUUCUUCCUGGCUCUUUUUUCUCUAUAAACUUGUAUUUCCAACGAAGUUACUGCAAUUGGCACUAAAUUCAGGCCAUGCACAUCUGUGCCCUGAUAGAAUCACCAUUCAGUACAACAACAUAACUUGGAAGUGUGCUUGGGUAGUGAGACUUUGCUCCAAGUUCCCUAUAGGAAGAAGAGGGAAAAGCCCCUCAUUUGCUUUAAACAAAGUGCCAGUUUGAUAUUCUAACUGCUGGUGUAAGUAGCAACUAGAGAAAAGGCCUGAUGUGGGAAACCACCGGGAUCUUUCAAAAAAGAACUGACCCUCUAUUCAUUUUUGGAGGUCUCAGGACCACAGGUACCUAUCAAUUUAAAGCAGGGGUUGAAAAUUCAAAAGCUUAAAAGGGCCAGGGAGUUGGUGCAAUUGAGUUGAACAGCCCAGCCACAAGAUGGCUAGGACAUGUCCCAUGUAAAAAGGGGACAUUCACUCUUCAGCUGAACUUGAGUGUUGCUAAAGCUUCUAAAUUUUAUAAAAUCUCUCAAGUUGUAAACGAUGGCAGUUGAUUCAGAGUUUAGGACAGACCAAAACCUCUGGGCAGAAGAGGGCUUCUAGAACACUAAUACUAGAACACUUCUGGUAUGAAGCAAAAUCCCAACUAGGGCCCUGUUCAGCUAGAGCAGGUCUGCUCAGAUUCAACCCUGGAUGGUAUUAGAGUAUUAGUGCUGGCCUGGAGGGGGUAGAGAUCUUGCCCUUCUAAUAUUCAAUUUGGUUUCUAUAUUUGACUAUCAUGACUAGAGGACAUAGCAAGAGGUCAGUUUAAAACCUAGCAAACAGUCUAAAAACGAAAACCAUUCCAUUUAACGAUGGCUUAUAAAAGACUCUUCGAUUUGUCUUGCCUGAACUUCCAACUUCCUAAAGACAGGGGGCUAGAUUUUAUGCCACUUUUUUCUGAAAGUCAAAUGCAUGAUUUUCAUGCCUUGGGGUCUCCACAUGUUUCUUGAACUGUGUGACUUCAGUAUCUCCAGCAAGUUUUAGUUUCCCUUUAGUCAUAUGUGAAGAAUUUAUUCCAUAGACAUGAUCAUGCAGUCCUCCACUGUGCUCAAGUGCAGACCACGGAUUCCUAUGCAGCAGACAGGCUUGUCUGUUCGUGCACUUUUUCCUAAGCUGCUGAAAUUCCUCCGAAGCCAAUUGGCCACAGUAAUCUUUGCCUCCUGCAUGACUGUCAGUAUGGCCUCCAGUGGAUCAGAGAAGGCAGCUCAGUGAUUGUUCUCACGGCCAAAAAUAAAGCACAAGGUUACCAGAAUCGAAAGAGCCCUGUGCAGGGAAGCACAGGGUUAUCUGCGCCCCAGCUGGGCGGCAUGAUCCUUGUAUUUAACGCUACUGUUCUGGCUGGGGCUAGUGGCAAGCCUUCCCCAGCCUCUGCCACAACCAUAUGCAGGCACACAUUAGGUAUGUCUGAAAAGCACAGUACCGUCUGCUUCAUCUGAUUAACACACACCCAAGAAAGAAAAAUUACACCCACGGGAAACUGAGUAUGUAUUGUAGAAAUGUAGAGGAAAAAUAAAAAUAUUUUUUCAAAUGUAAUUACUUUUAAUAUAUGCUUGUGGAAGGUCUAAUACAAUGUAUGCUGUCUCUGUAAUUUUUGCUGUAAAUAACUGGAGACAGUGAAUACACUGAUUUUUCUAUGUCUCUGUUUAAGCAUAAGACUUUGUAACAAUUUUUUUAGAGGGGAAAAACAACGAAGAGCAAAUAUGUACUUGCUUCCUUUCUGCGUGUUAUAGACUUCUCAGUUUUUAAAAGAAACUGGUUGUAACAGUUUAAGCAUCUUGGCGGGUCAUUGGUGUUAAGUGUAUGCUUCUUUUUUGUAAUACAACUGAGAAAGGGACUGGGCUGUCAAUUAAAUCUGCUCCAAAGAAUUCGGAUUAAAGAUUGGCCUAAGACCUGCAAACUCUAUCUGAACUAGACACUAUGAAAAAAAGAAAGUUUAAAAAAAAAAAAGGUACCUGAGUUAAGUCAUCUUUCCUUGUAGCAAAUGGCUUUGUCCAAAACCUUUCUGCAUGGACUGACUUAAGGAAAACAAACUCCACUUUCUGAUGAACAAAAUAUUUUUAUACACAUUUAUUUCAUAUGAAUAACCUGAGGUCAGACCAUUCAUUCGCUGAAGCCAUAACUGACCUUCACCAAAUAAAAUGUUGUGAAGAACCUGGGGGAGGGUUGGGGAGAGACUGAGAGGGAAGAAAAUCUAAUGCAUCAUGAGCUAUAGCCACACAGGCAGGGGCAAGUCCGUGAAACUGAUGCUUUUCCUGCAUCCCAAAUAUGACUUUAAAAGGCUAGUAUUUUAUGAUGAUUGAUUUAUAAUAAAAAAAGAUAUUUAGAUUUAAAUGAGACUUUCCAAUAUUUUUUAAAUCCCUGACAAUGCUUCCUUGCUUUUAGGAUUGAGAGAAAUGAUUUUCAUAUACUUCCAACAUUCAGAGAUUAAAUGCUUUUACCUUAGCUCCAGCCUAUACUUGCAGAGUGACUCUAAGUCCUCCAGGUCGAAACCUUGGGCUGUCUGGGGCUUGGCUGUACCCACUAACCACUACUGCACCCUGGCGGCAGCAUGGCAGGGGUACCGUUUACAUCUCAUGAGCAUGUACACCACUGUUGGCAACGCUCAAAAGCUGCAUUGUCACAAGUAUGUAAAAUAAAAGUAUCCACUCUAAAGAGCAUAAUAAUUCUACUUUUUUUAAAGAAUAAUGCCGCCUAUAGUCACCAUUGAUUUUUCUGGAGAUUAAUUACCUUAUUACCAUGUAUUCUUAUCAGCCUAUAGAGGCAAAAGGCAAACUACGAAUAAACUCAGUGACAUAUAUA